GAAGUGUCCAGUCCUAUGCAGCCUGACGAUGCUGGCAAGUCCAUCCAACAACGGCGGCGUCAGAAUGCUCGUACCACCGGGUCCGAACGACGACAGGCGGGUCGAAUUCGUGGCGCUCACCGCCGUGCAAACGGAGAGGAGUGAGCCGUCCACCCCGGAGCGCGGACCCCCGUCUCACCGCACGGGGCUGCUGGGAACCCCGCUCCCGGGACCGCCCGGACCCCGAGCCAGCGCGUCCGCUUCCAGUAAGCGCUUCAGAAAGUUGCAAAACUUUCUGUACAACGUGCUGGAGAGACCAAGAGGAUGGGCGUUCAUCUACCAUGCAUUCAUUUUUCUUCUAGUGCUCAGCUGUUUGGUGUUGUCAGUGUUCUCCACCAUCCCCGACCACCAGAAAAUGGCCAACCAGGGCCUCUUCAUCCUGGAGUUUGUCAUGAUCGUGGUGUUUGGCAUGGAGUACUUCAUCAGGAUCUGGGCCGCUGGCUGCUGCUGCAGAUAUCGCGGAUGGCAGGGACGCCUCAGAUUCGCCCGCAAGCCCUUUUGUGUCAUAGACUUCAUAGUGUUUGUGGCGUCACUGGCAGUGAUUGCUGCAGGGACGCAGGGUAACAUCUUUGCCACGUCAGCCCUGCGCAGCAUGCGUUUUCUGCAGAUCCUGCGCAUGGUUCGAAUGGACCGACGAGGAGGCACCUGGAAACUACUGGGAUCAGUGGUUUAUGCUCACAGCAAGGAGCUGAUUACAGCCUGGUACAUUGGCUUUCUGGUCCUCAUUUUUGCCUCAUUCCUUGUCUACCUGGCUGAGAAAGACAUCAAUUCAGAUUUUGGUACCUAUGCAGACUCCCUCUGGUGGGGAACUAUAACUCUGACCACUAUUGGUUAUGGUGAUAAGACCCCUCGCACAUGGCAGGGGCGGCUUCUGGCCGCCGGCUUUGCUCUUCUGGGGGUCUCCUUCUUUGCCCUGCCUGCAGGAAUUUUAGGCUCAGGAUUUGCCCUGAAGGUCCAGGAGCAGCACAGGCAGAAACACUUUGAGAAGAGGAGGAUGCCUGCUGCAAACCUCAUCCAGGCUGCUUGGCGACUCUACUCUACAGACGCCAAACACUCCUAUCUAACAGCUACGUGGUACUUCUAUGACAGCAUGUUGCCGUCAUUCAGAGAACUGACGCUACUGUUCAGUCACCUCCAGCGACAACGUAGCACCAAGAAGGUUCUGCAGAACUCCUACCACACGCUGCUGUCUGGGCUGCGGCCCAACAGCUCCCCCUACCUGUCGGGGGACAGUCAGCUCCUUUCUAAAAAGCGGGGUCUCUUCCGGAUUCACGCUGGCCGCAAGCAGAGCAGUAAAAUGGGCUUUCGAGAUCGGAUCAGGAUGAACAAUUCCCGUUCCUCCCAAGCCAUUCGGAAUAAAGCGUCACCACUGCCGCCGGGCUCUGGCGUUCGCCGUUCCCCCAGUCAGGAAAAUAUCCCAGAAGCCACCAGCCCCGGGAAGGUCCAGAAGAGCUGGAGCUUCAACGACCGAACGCGCUUUCGCACCUCCCUGCGCCUCAAACCACGUCCACCCGUGGAUGCAGAAGGGCUUGGGGAGGACAGCGUGGAAGACAAACCAUACUGUGAUGUUGCCAUGGAUGAGGUGAUUCCAGCAGUGAAGACGCUCAUACGAGCCGUCAGGAUCUUAAAGUUCCUCGUGGCUAAGAGGAAGUUUAAGGAGACCCUGCGUCCUUAUGAUGUUAAAGAUGUCAUUGAGCAGUACUCUGCAGGACACCUGGACAUGCUGGGCCGCAUCAAGAGCUUGCAGAUGAGGGUGGAUCUGAUAAUUGGGCGAGGGCCUGUUCAACCUGAUAAAAAAACACGCCCCGAAAAGGGAGAGAAGACCCCACCUGAUUUGGAUCCACUGGAUGAGCUGAGCAUGAUGGGACGUGUCGUGAAGGUGGAGAAACAGGUGCAGUCCAUAGAGGGCAAGCUGGACCUUCUGCUCAGUUUUUACUCGCAGUGCAUAAAGAAAGGCUCGUCCCACGUCACCCUGUCCUCCCUGCUGGACCCCGACUUGACAUCAGACUACCACAGCCCCACGGACCACAGGGACCUCUUCCCCUCUGCCAACACGCUCAACAUCUCCCGCUCGGAAAGCGACAACUUGGAAUGACACAGGCAUGAACCCCUUUAGAGUCAGAAGCCCAGCCUUGCUGUCCACUCCUCCUUUUAUGCCUGGUCCCUGUCUUUUUCCCGAUAUGGACUGAAGAUGGCUCCACCUCAUGCCUCUCAGCUCAAUGAGGUAGAAAACAUCUAACGCUCAACUCCCGAACCCUUCAUGUACUUUAAACCAGCAGAUAAUCAGACUAUGCAAAGAGGCUUUCCAGAUUUUUGCUGGGAUUUUUUCUUUCACCUCCAUAAACUUAUUUUUUUUCUCUUUUGGCCAUUGGAAUUAACUUUUCCAAUGCUUGUCCAGACAUUUGGAAUUUCCUUUUGACAAACUAAUCAGUAAAAAAGUGGCACCACCCCCCAGGAGUGACCUGAAUUAGCCCCAACAGUCCCACCCAAACAAGGAGAUUUUUUUUGUUUUGUUUUAAAUCCUGCUUCAAAAAGCCUAAUGUGUCACAUGAAAGCAGAUUGGAAGGAUUGGGUCGUACACACCGACUCCUGCGUACCUUAUUUUGUUGCUGGUUUUUACAUCCCCCCCCCAGGAGUCUUCAACAAGCCCACUUGCAAAAAGAGAACCACAUUGUUCUCCGGUUGGCUGGCUUCCAUUUGAGGAUUGUUCCGAGUUGAUGAGGAUUUAUUAGAGCCACGGUGUUCUUUCAUGGGUCUAAAAUCCCUCUUGGAGAACUUUUGGGAGGUUGCCGUGCUGCUCCGAGCAUCUCGGUGACCUGAAUUAAUCGAGCGCAGUCUUUGCGAUGUCUUGCAGCCCUGCCAUGCAUGCUCAGCGCAGAUUCUUCAUCAGACAUGCACAACUUAUUCAAGUCUUUUAACUUUCCCGGAGGCGGGUUUACGUUUUUUUUUAGGCAGGAAGUGACACGCCUCUUAAAGACACAGGUGCUUCCUCCUCGAAAAGGCCGGUUUGGUGCCAUUUUAAGCACAAAGCCGACGGUUUUACUGCAUGAACUUUGAGUGUUGGAAUGCACCGCUCUAAACAGGUGGAAUUCACUUUCUAAGAGUCUGCAGUUGCUGACUCUCUUCUUAGGGAUUCCUCCUCUCCUCUUGAAUGUUGGACAAACUGGAGGGUGCACACAUGCAGACACACACUCCUGUAUUUAACAUUUUUAGCACUUUGUGCUUCUAGUUUUGCUCUGGUUGUGCUGAAAUCUUUACUUACAUUUUAUUUAUUUUGUAGGAUUUUGGCUAGAUGUCAGCGAGAUUUCACACAUAUGAUGUUAAGGAUGAGUUAAAUCAUGGACGAUGAAGCUGAUCGGGGCUGCAAAGCAUGAUUUUUAUUCAUUCGACUCUCAGCGUCUGAUGCCAGCUUCAGCUGAGAAAACCUCCAUCACUCUUUUUGGUCAGGGAGAAUCUUUCUGUCCGAGUCAAGCCAGUUGACUUAGGCGCUAUUUUUUCUAUUUAAGCGGGCAUUAAAGCAGAGAAUGUAAGCGUUUAGAUCUUUUUAAAGGGUUUGGACACUAUUGCCGUUGAUUGCUUCAUCUUUAGGCAGGCUCAUUAGAUGGAUUGUUUUAGACGAAUCCGAUUUGGUAUUUACUCUUCUCCCAUGAACCUUGAGAUUUACUGUAGUAAGAUCAGUGUACUGCAUGUUUUCUUUUUUCCUCAUGAAAAUUUUAGCAAAACACGUAAUGAUGCCUCGUGUACAUUAAGCCAAGACACGAAAGCGAAUGACCUGUGCCUUCUUUGCUCUAGAUUUCCAUCUUAAACAAUAAUCCUGAUUGGAUUUCAUAUAAAGAAAAUGAAAAAAAUAAUGUCUUUUUUCUUGUUUGAUAAGCCUGUUAGGGCCGGUUUAUACUUCAUAGCGAUCGUCCGUCGCAUCAAUCCCAUUGCAUUCAUACUGCAAUCGCGCGGUUUACGUUUUACGAUUUUGGUUGCAACUUUCCGUGAUAGCUGCAACAAACUCUGAGUAGCGUUUAUACUUUUCAAGCCUGAUGACGCCAAUAUGUCCAGCGUUUCGGUGAUUUGACAUUUUAUUUAAAUUAUUUUAUUUAUAAAUGUUUGUUUUUUUCACACAUAAACCUUGCUUUUUAUGUGCAUUUUUGUGUGUAAAGAUGCUUACAUCAAUAUUAAUAGGUUUAUGGUAAAUUAAUGGUGCAGCCAAGACAAGAAAGGUGCUGCAUCAGGUUUUUCUUUGUAUUUUUAAAGUCUCAACAUGCAAAAUAAUUAUACUUCUUUUUAAAAACAAGUUAGAUUUGAAAAGUUUUGCCGCCUGCUCCCCAUCUUAAUGAAAUACAGCUAAAGUCAUAGUUGCAUUAGAAAGUAAAUAUGCAGAGAAAAUGUUGUUUUUCCCCCCAAACUAAGUCAGAAUGAAAUGAUGUCUAACCCCUAGAGUCUGUGGAGUUUGCUCCGCCAUGGCAUCUUUUCAUAAAUAAAUUCAGGUUAAAUGGCGCGAUAUGCACACAACUCUAUUAUGGGCAUAUAAUCCCAAUCGCAGAGCAUGUCAUCAACGUGUGUCACAUUUUGCAGCUAAUUCAUACGAUUACGAUUGAUGGCCUUGCAACCAAGCUUUACAAAUCGCUAUGAAGUAUGAACCGGCCCUGACUUGAUUAAAGAAACACCAUUUUAAUUCUAGUAAAUUUAGCGUCUUCCGUUUUCCGACAAAACUGUAUGUUCGUACACCACCAUACUUCCUCACUUGCAUCCUCCCAUCCUGUCGUAUGUGGAGAACAAAGGCGCAGACUCUCUCUUUUAUGGCAAGCAAAAGAUAUCGUACCUCACAGGGAAAAACAGAAUAAACAACAGCAUUUUAGCCAUCAAAAAUGCAGUUUUUUAACGAAUGUUUUAAAAUUGACACAUAAUUUACACCGUCUUGUGUUGUUUAUGGCAGUUUUCCUGGUGAUUUAUGAUACAAUUUGCUUGCCAUACUCUGCAGCCAUGCUCACAUGUCGCUUAGAUCAAAACAGCUUCAACACAACUACCUCUGAGGCCACGGGGGGGGGCAACUACCUUUAAGAAACUCUAGUUUAGUGAUUGUCCAACGGACUGAAUGCUAUGCAUGCCUCAAUCUGCACGCUCUCUUCUCUCAUGACCACCCUAUCCAUCUUUUGACUAAUUGCUGCCAUUCGACAUUCCAGCUCAUAGCUCUUUAGCUGCUCUCCUAGGAGUUAGAAGUGUUGUUACAAUGAAACAGGAACUGAUCGAGCAAUAAAACAAGAUGCUUACUCAACUCUUAAGUCUUCCAAUCGAUGAGACGGUGAGAAUAAAACACCACGCUGGUGUUUUUUUGUUGUUUUUUUUUUUAAAUCAAUCCUACAUUUGAUCUAUGAAAGAAGUCCACAGAGGUAUUUCUGACAGUAGCUCACGACUAAAUUAUUAAUUUAUUUGUUUCAAUAAAGUUAUUUCGACUGUAAA